AUGGGGCGAGGUUGUCCUGCUGGCAGCGUUGCUUACUGUGCACAGUCGCCCUGGAUCCUCAACGCGACGGUGAGAGAUAACAUUCUUUUUAACCUCCCGCUCGACGAGGCGUGGUACGAUGAGGUGCUGGAAAUGUGCGCGCUCCAGCCUGACAUCGAGGUGCUUCCAGGGGGGGACUUCACCGAGAUCGGCGAGAAGGGCAUUACGCUCAGCGGCGGCCAGAAAGCCCGCAUCGCCCUGGCCCGUGCUGUGUACAGCCAGGCCGCGGUGUACAUCCUCGACGACGUCCUUUCUGCCGUGGACGCCGAGACCGGCCAGAUCCUUUUCGAGGAAUGCAUCAAGCGCCUCACUUGCCUGGGGGCGGUGGUGAUCCUAGCGACCAACCAGCAGCACUUCCUGCCCCAGGCGGACGUCAUCUGGGUGCUCCGCGAUGGCACCGUGGCCGAGCAGGGCACCUAUGAAGAGCUGCGGGCGAUUCAAGGCGGAGCCCUCAACGGCACGCUCAGCAGCCAGCAGCUGGCGCAGGAUGCCCCAGGGCCUGCGGCGAAGCAGUCGCCUCGGGCCUCGGCCCCGAGCGCCGGCGCUGGCGCCAGGACGCCCACGGCGUCGCCCGCCAAGGGCACGAGCAGGACGGCGAUCGCGCGAGCGUCCAGCUCAAAGUCGCUCGCGCCAGGCACCCCUCAGAGCAAGGACGCGUACGCGCUUAGAAAGGCUCAUUCCCUCACUGCGGCUGGUAUGAUAGCCAUCGACAAGAAGGUGUCUGCGGGGUCCUUGACCACCAAGGAGGGGAAGAGCGAGGGCAGUGUGCCACUGAAAGUGUGGAAGUUCUUCUUCGUAGACUGCUCUGGUGGCUGGUGGAUGUUCUUAGCGAUGCUUGGGCUCCUCUCGGCCUCCCAGGCGACGAAGAACCUCAUGGAGUGGUGGCUGAGUUACUGGGCAGAUGUCGCGGCUAAAGAUGGCGAUAUGAAGCCAGACUACCACAUGGCGGUCUACAUCACAUUCGGCGUGCUUCUCUGCAUUGGCACCGUGGCGCGCACCUUCUUCAUUGCGAGCCUGAUCUUGAAAAGCAGCAAGGCCGUUCACGAGAAGCUGUUGUGGAGCGUGCUGCGCGCGCCCAUGAGCUUCUUCGACACCACGCCCGUGGGUCGCGUGCUGAACCGCUUCAGUAAGGACGUGGACAGCCUGGACACAGGACUCCAGCGCUGCCUGCCCAUCGCUCUCCAGUUCCUGUUCGAUAUACUGGGGCUGCUCAUCACGAUCGCGUGUGGUAUGCCGUUGUUCAUCGUGAUCGCGGUACCGCUGGCUGUCUGCUACUGGGAUGUCCAGCGCCGGUUCCGGCCGCUGGCCCGCGACCUCCAGCGGCUGGAGUCCGUCAGCCGCUCCCCGAUCUUCGCGCAGUUCUCCGAGACGCUCAACGGCAUCAACACGAUCCGCGCCUACUCGCAGUCCCAGCGCUUCCUGGACACUUGCACGGCGUCGGAAUCGGAGCAAGCUCACAUGAAGCAGUGCCGGCAUCUUGAAAUCAAAGGGUUCAUCGUCAUGAAUCCAGUCGUCUUCCUCACCUCCUGCAUCUUCUUGUGGGGCUUCGUAAUCGCCUGCUGCGUCGAACCAGACUACAUGAAGUACGCCAUGGACGAAGUCGCCUGGGGAUGGAUCCCAGAGGUGUGGACUUGGAUUUACAUCAUCUCUCAAGACAUCUGGGUUGUUGUCCUCCUCUGGGCUAUGUACGCGCACGGCAACCUGAAGCUGGGAAAGGACGAGGACGAGCCAGAGUUUAGCACCGCUACUUGGUUCUCGAUGCUGUUCUGCUGCGGUGUCGCAACAGGCCUGUUCUACUACGCGGUGGCGGAGCCAAUGUGGCACUACAAGGGUUGGGGAUCGCCGCGGUUCAUCUCUGGGGCAAAGGGCUACGGCACUCUGGACGAGGAUGCGACGCAUGCGCUGAUGGUGAGUGUCUUCCACUGGGGCUUGCACGGCUGGAUUCCCUACGUGGUAAUGGGUGCCGUGCUGGCCAUCAUGACUUACCGGCGUGGAUACCCCAUGACCGUGCGUUAUGCGUUCGUGCCUCUCAUCGGUGACCACGUUUACGGCUGGAUGGGUGACUGCGUGGAUGCUCUCUCUAUCGUAACCUCUAUCGCGGGUGUCUGCACUUCCCUCGGCCUGGGGGCCAUGUCUAUCAACGCUGGGCUUCAGCGACUCAGCUGGGGGUCAUUCCGUGGCGUGAACUACGCCAUUCCGGACGAACCCAAAUAUGCCCGUCCUGGGUGCAAUGGCCAAGGAUUCGCUUGCAAGGAUGGAGAGGAGUCUUUUGGCGUCCAGCGAAACACGGAGACCCAGAUUUUGGCCAUACUCAUCAUUACCAGCUUGUCAACCGUGUCGGUGGUGCUGGGCAUCGGCCGUGGCAUCAAGUUUCUCUCACAGUGUGUCUUCGCGAUGGGCACCUUUUUGAUGCUUGUCGUAGCGUUGAACGGCGAGACUUACCUCAUCCUGGACAACAUUGUCCAGGUUACCGGAUACUACUUAUGGUACAUCGUCAAGAUUGGCUUCCACUGCGACGCUUGGGAGCGUCUCGGCGGAAAAGACAUGGGGCUCGGCGGGGUUGACACAGGUGGCGGUGCCACGUGGAUCAUCGACUGGACCAUCUUUUAUUGGGGCUGGUGGAUCUCCUGGGGCCCUUUCGUCGGCACGUUCAUUGCGAGGAUCUCCAAAGGCAGGACCCUCCGAGUGUUCAUUCUGUCCACACUCAUCGUGCCCACCCUUUACAGCAUUGUCUGGUUCUGCGUGUGGGGGACCGAGGGCAUCCGCAUGCAGCGCAUGGCAGACACCAGCGGCCUCUGCACUCAAGCCUACGCUGGCAAUGGGGACUGGGCUGCGCAGUACGAUCUGGACACGAAGAAGAACUUGACCCUGGGUUGGACCCCCGCGUGCGUGCUUGACGACGCGUACCACGGCGGCUACGGCAGAUGCAAGAGGGCGAAGUUCACCAGUUACGUGGACCCUUCCAACGACGGGAACGGUAAGAAGUGUGUCAAGACCACAAACUGGGUAAAUGUUCCUUGCGGCGGUGCAGCUGAUCCCACUUUUGUUGAUACGACGUACGCGAAUAUCUCUGGCACUGAGUGUGCCAACUACUUGAGCGAGAUAGAAGCACUCGCCGCCGAUAAUUACAACCAGUUCCCAGUCGCCGACCAGCAGGACUGCUUCGUCCCCCUGCAAGACGGCACCGUGUGCUUGUACAACAGGGACACGGCGGAUAUCCUCUUUGACCAGAUAUCCAGCUACGCCCCGCGGGGCUACUCCGACAUGCUGUGCGCGCUCACGCUCAUCAUCUUGACGUUCUACUUCGUCACCUCGUCGGACUCUGGCUCUUUCGUGGUGGACAUGCUGGCCUCCAACGGCCACCCAGAUCCGCCUAUGUUCCAGCGCGUCUUCUGGUCCUUCACAGAAGGGGCCACCGCUAUCGCCCUGCUGUAUUCGGGCAUCAACCAUCCGAGCGCAGACGCCUCGCUGAAAGCCCUGCAGGCUGCGUCAAUUAUCACCGGCCUGCCCUACACGUUUGUCAUGUUCUGGGCCACGCAGUCGCUUGUCAUUCUUGUCCGGGAGGAGAACGGAGCGCUCGACCCCAACCGAAAGGCUUUCACGACCUUCAUUUUCAACAUGGAGUACAUUGUGAAUCAUUUGAAGCACACGGCCGUUCCUGGCAUCCAGAUGGCCCAAACUGUGGUCGAGGUAGGCAAGUGGCCUUUCAGUGGCAUUGGCAAAGGGCCCACCUUUGUAAUCUGGUGUGCCUUCUUCUCCUUGCUGUACUACGCCAGCAUCAUCAUCACCAUCUGCAGCGCGGCCAUGUACCAAUGGGCGCUCAUCGGUUGCGCGCUCUACAUCGGCUUCGGCACAUUCGUGGGCCUGCUCCGCAACCACGUGCGCGUGACUCGACUCAUCAAGAAUGGCGACCUCCUCACUGACCUGAUGUGCGGCCUCUUCGCGCCCAUGUUCACCCUCACCCAGAUCGAGGUGGAGCUGCAGCGUGGACCCCCCGAGAAGAAGGACGACCCUGCGGUGGACAACCAGGAGAUCUGA